GAGACGCUCCUCACAGCACAUUAGCCAGCCUUCCCGACAACACCUGGUCAACAUGCGGUCGACUGUGUUAGUAAGUGUGGUGGUGGUGUCGCUGCUGGUGGCACCUCUAGUGCCACAGAGUAAUGCACAGGUCUGGGAGGCCCUAGCAGGAGCUGUCGCAGAUAAAGUGGCUUCACUGUGGGACGAAGGGGAGGUCGAGCUGAUGGGUCAUUACUGUAACUACAGUGUAAAGCCGAAGUUCAGAAGGUGGGAGUUAUACUUCGACGGGACCAUGUGGUGCCCCGGCUGGACCACCAUCAGGGGAGAAGCGCUCACCAGAAGCAGGUCUGGUGUCAUUGGAGAGACGACUCGUGACUUCGUAAGAAAGGCCUUCGAAGCUGGUAUCAUCACAGAACAAUCAGCCCAGCAGUGGCUCAACUCUUGAAGCAUCACUCACUCUUCAUCCAGAAAAUAAUCGUAGUGUUAAUUUUUUGAAAUACUCGACAAAAUAUGCCCUGGUUUAUUCUUCAAUUUUUUUUACAUAUAACUCUUAUAAUCAUGUUGUACAAUAGUGUUUCACUUAGAACUAUGUAAUGUAAUUUAUGAAGAGUGUCUCAGAUAUUGCUAUGUACUUUAAUAGCUUUUAAAAAAUAUUUCUUAAGGUAAAAUAGAUAUACAAGAAUACUUUCUUGAGAUGUUUAUUUCUUUCAGCAUGGAUUCUGGACUGUGUUCAUGCAUACUAAGUGCAUAAUCUUAGAUACUUGUUAUAAGCAAUAAAGUAUUUUUUCAACAUUUA